UCCUUUUCCUCUCUUUCACUCUCACAUAUAUAUCUUUCCUUUCCUUUCCUUUCCUUUCUCUCUCUCAUUCUCUUUAUAUUUCUUCCCCUGCUUUUCCUCUGUUUCUUGCUCUGUUUUCUUCCCCUGUUUUUUUCUUUGUUCUUUCUACACACACCUUUCAAUGGCGCCGGGUUUAAGGGACCUUCAGCUCACAAGACUCGCCGGCGGCGAUGAAGAAUCCGGCGACCUGGAGGACGUGCGCCUUCUAGAUUCCUACGAGGACACCGGUAGUUUCAAUAGAAUUGAAGAGGGAAUGAGAACAAUUCAGGUCAGAAUUACAGGGAUGACCUGUGCUGCUUGCUCCAAUUCUGUUGAGUCAGCUCUCAAUAGCGUUAAUGGGGUUCUCAGAGCCUCCGUGGCCUUGCUUCAGAACCGGGCUGAUGUGGUCUUCGAUCCCAAUUUGGUCAAGGAUGAAGAUGUUAAGAAUGCAAUUGAGGAUGCGGGCUUUGAGGCAGAGAUUCUACCUGAACCUGGUACUUUUGGAACAAAGCCACAUGGAGCUCUGGUGGGGCAAUUCACAAUAGGAGGUAUGACAUGUGCAGCCUGUGUAAACUCUGUUGAAGGUAUUUUGAGAAAUCUUCCUGGUGUCAAAAGGGCAGUAGUUGCCUUGGCCACAUCACUAGGGGAAGUUGAGUAUGAUCCCACUGUCAUUAGUAAGGAUGAUAUUGUCAAUGCAAUUGAAGAUGCUGGUUUCGAAGGUUCACUUGUACAGAGUAGUGAGCAGGACAAAAUCAUACUAGGGGUUGCUGGCAUAUACUCUGAGAUGGAUGUACAGCUUUUAGAAGGCAUACUUAUCCAAUUGAAAGGAGUGAGACAAUUUUGUUUUGACAAAAUGACAAGAGAAGUUGAAGUUCUCUUUGAUCCUGAAGUCGUCAGUUCUAGAUCCUUAGUUGAUGGGAUUGAGGCAGGAAGCAAUGGGCAGUUCAAAUUAAAUGUAACGAGCCCUUAUGCAAGAAUGACUUCCAAAGAUGUUGAAGAAGCCUCAAAAAUGUUUCGGCUUUUCACUUCCAGUUUGUUUCUCAGUAUUCCUGUCUUUCUCAUAAGGGUAGUUUGUCCUCACAUACCACGGGUGUAUACCUUAUUGCUGUGGCGAUGUGGACCCUUCCAAAUGGGGGAUUGGUUGAAGUGGGUAUUGGUGAGUCUUGUCCAAUUUGUUAUUGGAAAACGCUUCUACAUUGCAGCUGCCAGAGCUCUUCGAAAUGGAUCAACUAACAUGGAUGUUUUGGUUGCAUUGGGAACUUCAGCCUCUUACUUCUACUCUGUAUAUGCUCUUCUAUAUGGUGCAGUCACUGGAUUUUGGUCUCCAACAUACUUUGAAACAAGUGCCAUGCUGAUAACAUUUGUAUUGUUGGGGAAGUAUUUGGAGUGUCUUGCCAAGGGAAAAACAUCAGAUGCCAUCAAGAAGUUAGUGGAACUUGCACCGGCAACAGCAGUGUUGCUUUUUACAGACAAAGGUGGGAAGAGUAUUGGAGAAAGGGAAAUAGAUGCUUUGCUAAUUCAACCUGGUGAUACUUUAAAAGUUCUUCCUGGAACAAAGGUUCCUGCUGAUGGUGUGGUUGCGUGGGGUGCAAGUUAUGUUAACGAGAGUAUGGUAACUGGUGAAUCUGUACCUGUUUUAAAGGAGGUUGAUUCAUUGGUUAUUGGAGGUACAAUAAAUUUACAUGGUGCCCUUCACAUAAAAGCUACUAAAGUAGGAGGUGAUGCAGUUUUAAGCCAGAUAAUUAGUUUGGUUGAGACAGCCCAAAUGUCAAAAGCUCCUAUUCAGAAGUUUGCCGAUUUUGUAGCAAGCAUAUUUGUUCCUACAGUUGUUGCUUUGGCAUUGUUAACAUUAUUGGGUUGGUAUAUUGGUGGUGCUCUUGGAACUUACCCAGAACAGUGGCUUCCAGAAAAAGGAAAUCACUUUGUAUUUGCCCUUAUGUUUGGAAUAUCAGUGGUGGUUAUUGCAUGUCCUUGUGCGCUUGGCUUGGCGACGCCAACUGCUGUCAUGGUUGCAACAGGGGUUGGGGCUAAUAAUGGUGUGCUGAUAAAAGGAGGAGAUGCUUUGGAAAGGGCUCAAAAGAUUAAGUAUGUGAUAUUUGAUAAAACAGGCACCCUAACCCAGGGAAAAGCCACAGUUACAACAGCAAAAGUUUUUACAGGAAUGGAUCGUGGAGAAUUUCUUAGAUUGGUGGCCUCUGCAGAGGCUAGCAGUGAACACCCAUUGGCGAAAGCAAUAAUGGAAUAUGCACGCCAUUUUCAUUUCUUUGAUGAACCUUCUGCAACCAAGGAUUCUCCAAAACAUAACAAAGAGACAAAUUCCGGAUGGCUUUUUGAUGUCUUGGAAUUCUCUGCUCUGCCAGGAAAAGGUGUCCAGUGCUUUAUAGAUGGAAAGCUUCUUUUGGUUGGUAAUCGGAAACUGAUCACUGAAAGUGGAAUCACUAUUCCAACCCAUGUUGAAGAUUUUUUAGUAGAGCUUGAAGAAAGUGCCAAGACCGGCAUACUUGUUGCAUAUGACUGUAGCUUAAUUGGUGUUUUGGGAGUUGCAGAUCCACUAAAGAGAGAAGCUGCUGUGGUUGUAGAGGGCCUUAAGAAAAUGAAUGUCAUGCCGGUCAUGGUUACAGGGGACAAUUGGAGAACAGCUAGGGCUGUUGCUAGGGAGGUUGGGAUUCAAGAUGUAAUGGCAGAGGUAAUGCCAGCAGGAAAAGCUGAUGUUGUCCGAUCAUUCCAAAAAGAUGGGAGCGUAGUUGCAAUGGUGGGUGAUGGAAUCAACGACUCCCCCGCACUAGCUGCUUCUGAUGUUGGUAUGGCAAUUGGCGCUGGGACAGAUAUUGCAAUAGAAGCUGCUGAUUAUGUAUUGAUGAGAAAUAACUUGGAAGAUGUAAUCACAGCCAUUGAUCUCUCAAGGAAGACCUUUGCACGCAUACGAUUGAAUUAUGUGUUUGCCAUGGCCUACAAUGUGGUUGCAAUCCCCAUAGCUGCUGGGGUUUUCUAUCCUUCUCUAGGGAUCAUGUUACCACCAUGGGCAGCUGGUGCAUGUAUGGCUCUCUCAUCUGUAAGUGUAGUAUGCUCUUCUUUGCUUCUUAGGAGAUACAAAAAACCUAGACUUACAACCAUACUAGAAAUAACUGUAGAGUAGAAAGAGAACUAAAAAACUUUAGGUUACGGCUUUGAAUUGAGAUAAGAUGGGGGUUCCAUUAAAGUUUGAUAUCCCAAUUUUGUAUAUUUCCGUUUCUCUUACACUGAGGGUGUAAGUUUGGCACCCCAAUUCAUUGUAAAUUCCCUUGUAUAAUAAUGUCCUUAAUGCUUUUUCUUUUUUAA